GGUGAGGGAUGCGUGUUUACGAUGGUUCAGCCAACCACAGAAGGUUUAACAUUGCAAUUUAGGAUGUAAUAGAAAAGUUAAACCGGAAGUAAACACAAGUGUAAAUUUCUCUGCACGUGUAGAUCUAAAAAUGACAAGAUUUGCUAGAGCUGGAGCUUAUCAGAAGAAACAACCACAUGAUGCUACUAGUUGGUUAGAAAUGAAAUCUUCAGGUGCUGCAGGGUCAUCAUCAUCAUCUGAUGGCAGACAUAGAGAUGAUCAUCAAAAGACAGCAUCAAGAGAUAGAUUCCAUAGAAAAAGGGGUUAUGAUGAUAGUUUUAAUAAUAGUCAACAAUUAGAUGAAUGGAAAAGAGGCAAUCGAAGUGAGUUUAGACGACAGAAGAGAAUGGAUAAAAGAGAAGCUGUUAAGGUGUGUUUUAACUGUCGUAAAGAAGGUCAUAUGGUAGCUGAAUGUCCAGAUGAGAAAAGACGUCAAGGAAUGGGAAUAUGUUUUAAAUGUGGUUCAACAGAACAUGGUGUUAGUGAAUGUAGAGCAAAGGUUAAAUCAGAUGAGUAUCCUUAUGCUACAUGUUUUAUAUGUAAAGAAACUGGUCAUUUAUCUAAACAAUGCCCAGAUAAUCCAAGAGGGCUUUAUCCUAAUGGUGGCUGUUGUAAGGAAUGUGGUUCAGUUGAACAUUUUAGACGAGAUUGUCCAGAAUUACAAAAGCAACAAGGUUUUAUUGAUGUAAAAGCAAGUAAAAUAUCUGAUUUAUCAAGUGCUGAUGCAGAGCCUACAGAAAAGAUUGACUUUCCGCCACCAAAAAUCAGGAGAAAAGGACCAAAAAUUGUCAAAUUUUGAAAUGUACAGUAGAAUCUGCAUUAAGCAGCCACCCAAGGGAAUUUUUACAACUGACCGCUUAACGGGAGUGGCCCCUUAAUAAAAUCUUGGUGCUUUAUGUGCUGACAUAAAUUAAAUAUUACGCUUGAAUGCAUUGGAAGCGGUAAAUUUGACCAUCGCUGAAUCUUGCACCGAACGAAAAUUCCUUACUCAAAUCUCUGACGUAACUUCUGUAUACUUGUCAUUUUGUACCAACCUUCGAUACUACUGUCUACCAUUGUGAUGCAUUCGAUAAUAUUUAUCCAUUUUUGUGAAGAGAAUUGAUGAAUUAAUUUUAUUUUAUCAAAAAAGCACAUGCACAAAAAAACAUCGCUAAUUUUAUCACCUAUUUACAGGGGGUGUAACUCUGUAUGUAAUAUUAUAGGAGGCGCUAAAACGUCUGUUGUUAAAACAAUAAAGUGGCAAUGGAAAAGAGAUACUAGAUGAUCGUGACAAAACUCGGUACUUUUUUUUUAUUCAAUCAGUAUCAAAUAAUGUGUCGUUACGCGUGAAAACAAUGAUCAGGUUAGUCGUUUCAUAAAACAAAAGAUUAAUUAACAGAUAAUCCAGGGUUGAUUGUUAUUUUUACGUUUCUUUUUACCUGAUCAGUGGGGGUCCAGUUUAUUAACUACUACUCACGGGAUUAGCGUUGGUGUUACAAAGAACGACAAGAUGGUAUCAUUCAACAAUGGCCGUUGAAUGGACGAUGUUUUGUUGAAUUUAUUAGUAAAAUAGUGACCGCUGGCCGCGUUAGAGGAGUGACCGUUGAAUAAAGAGAUGAAACAAUAGAAUUUCUACGGGGGGAAUUUAUCGUGACCGCUUACAAGGAGAUGUCGCUGAAUAGGAGUGGCUGCUCAUACAGAUUCUACUGUAUAUAAAUAUUAAUUAUUUAAAUAAAUUGUAUAUAGUUAAGCAGAAAA